AUGGUUUGUCUAGGGCCUAGAAAGAAGGAAAAGAAGAGCAACCUUUUAAGUCCAGACGAUGCCACAUCAAGAGGACUUAAAAAAGGAACCAGCAAGUUAAAGACAUCCAAGACCAACACAAGUCUGGCCCCGUCUGUCGCCUCCACUGCCAAAAAGUCACCUCGUUCAUCUUUGGAUACUGGUAAUACCAAGAAAACAACACUGCCCAGACCAUCCUCUCGCAAUUCCCUCUUAUCAAAUGGACGCACCCCCAGCCCAGCUCAACGUGCAACAUCUCCUAAACCACCCUCGUCUUCAAGACCCAAUAGUAUGAUAUCUGUCAAAAGUACCGCCUCAGUAGCAUCGACUGCUAACAAUACGAGACCCACAUCAAGAACACCUAGCCACGCUUCAACUGCAAAAAGAUUUCCCAUUACAGAGAUGAAGGAGGAAGUUAAGGAUCUCAAAGCCAAGAAUGAGGAAAACAUGAAGUUGAUUGCAGACCAAAAAGCGGAGCUCGAGCGUUUGAAACACCAACUCAAUCAGUCAUCUCAGGUCCCUGCAAUACCAGACAAAGAGGCGCCUGUUGCGCAGAACGACAAGACAGCCGAGCAGACUGAAGAAGAGCUGACCUUGCUCAAGACGAAAGAAGAGCAGUUGCAGCAACGUGAAAGGGAAAUUGAAGAGCUUCGUAUCAGAUUAGAAGAACAGCAAUUAAACAUUCCCGUUUCUCCUCCACCGGCAAUUGUUAUUCAAUCGGAAGAACAUGAAAAUAAAGCCGAGAUCUUGGCUCAGAAAGAGAAAUUGUUAGAGGAGAAAGAAGCUAAAUUAGAGGAGCAAAAACGCUUGAUAGAGGAAAAGAAACCAAUGAUUGAAGAAGCUGCUUUGCAGCUGGAAGCAUUGAAAUUGGAGAAUCUGGAUGCCGUCAGUCAAUUAGCAUUCAAGGAAAAGGAGCUGGAAGAGCUUCGAGCAAUGAUCAGCAGCAAGCCUGAGGAGGAACACAAGGAAGAGGAUAAGAAAGAAGCACUUCAAAAAAUUGAAGAAUUGAACAAGCAACUCGAGGCUCAAAAGAAGGCACAUGAGGAAAGCCUUCGUCUCCAUGAGGAGGCAUUGGCCGAGAAAGACAUUUUGUUAAAGGAACAAAAGGAAGCUUUAGAAGCUCUAGUACAGAAUCAUGAGGACGAGGUUCGCAAAUUGAAGACAGCACAAACUGGGAAGAUCCUUGCUUUGAAGCAAAAACACAAGCAAGAUAAGCUCGAUUUAGAAAAGCAGGUCGAGCAAGCCAAGAUUGAAGCAGAAAAUAACCCUGCUGCUGCGGUGGAUAUCGAUGAACAAUUGGAACGCAUGCUGCAUGAAUUCGAACAAGCAGAGCACACUUACGCCGUACAAAUACAAGACUUAGAGCAAUCCCAUGAAUCCGAAUUGAAUCAUCUGCAAAACGAUCAAAAGGCUCAAUUAAACAAGUUGAAGAGAAACCAAGGCUUGACCAGAGACAGUUGGACUUCUCGCUAUUUGCCUACAGAUGCAGUCUCCUGGCCCAAGCCUAAUUCAGCUAAUAUUCCCAAAUUGCGCCCCACACCUUCUCUUGUUGAGAGUAAGAGCAAGACUUUAUUACGAGUUUUGGGUAACAUGCCUGCUUAUCAAAAGCCUGAACCUGUUUUGACACCACUGGAUCCCAAAAAGGUUCAGAUUUACUAUUCCUCUGUCAGUGGCAAUGCAGUGAUCAAGAGAAACCAGGAACACAUCCAACAAUUGCUCAAGACAAACAACAUCAAAUUCAGCCUUGUUGAUGUUGCAUCCAGUGAAGCUGCUAGACAAUACGCUAAAAAGUGCAACAACAAUGGAAAAGCUCAAGGCAGAAUUAAGGACUUUCCUCAGUUAUACGUUGGUGGUGAAUACAGAGGCCAAUAUGAGGACGUUGUCACUGCUAUUGAUGAUGGGCUUUUGGAUGAUCUCUUACAUGCAGCAGAAGAGCGCCAUUUUACUCCUGAAGAGAGAGCAGCAAUCCAGAAAGCAGAGUUGAACGAGGAAAUGGCGGGACCAAUGCGUGCUUUACCACCCAUGGAGACAAUGCCAAAGCUGAGACCUACCAAGUCUACUGGUAAGCCUGUCAAGACACUAAAGGAUUACGAUGAGGAUGAGGAGCUCUUGAAGGCACUUGAGAUGGAAUUCAAGAAUGGAAACGUGAAUCUUGAUGAUUUAUAA